AUGAACUACGUCGACAAUGAUUCGUCGGCUUUCAUCAGCACCUACCGAAACGACACCUACAGCUCCUCAGUAGAAUCCUUGGCGUCUGCCUCCUCAGGUUCUGUCUGGUCCGCUGUCUCCUCCCAAUCAUCCACCUCCACCUCGCCCACCAACACCUCCGACUCCGAUUCCGCCGAUUCAUACUGCCUUUCACGAUCCGUUACGCGCGACACUGCGGUCAAGUUCACCAGCCCUUGGGCGAAGCGAUCCGUUCAGCAGGCCCCUGUUGCGGUUCCUGCCGAGUUGCGCCAGAACCCCAGACGGACCAGUGCAGGCGCAACCCGUGGCGCAGCUCCCCCGCCACUCGUUCGCCAAGCCGAGCGCAAGGUCAACUUUGUCGAUAACCUCGUCGAUUCAUCGACCCAGAUUGUCGAAGCCAUUUGGCCCUUGUCCUCCGCCGUCUGCCGCAAUGAGCUGGGUAACAAGGCGGUCUUGCCGCUGCGCACCUUCAUCCAAGAGACUCUGCGACGCUCGCGCACCAGCUACUCCACCCUGCAGGUCGCUCUCUACUACUUGAUUCUCAUCAAGCCCCACGUCCCGAAGCAUGACUUUACCAUGGAACAGCCCGACGACAAGCACGAGUGCCGCGCCCUUCAAUGCGGCCGCCGCAUGUUCCUCGCCGCGCUUAUCUUGGCUUCCAAGUACCUUCAAGAUCGGAACUACUCCGCGAGAGCCUGGAGUAAGAUUUCAGGACUCAACACGGCAGAGAUCAACCAGAACGAGAUCGCUUUCCUACUGGCAGUUGACUGGAAGCUGCACAUCACCGACGAAAUCUUCCAGAGAUGGACCGAUAUUGCCCUGAAGUACACGCCUCCUUCUCCUCCCGCCCCCGGAACUUCGGCGCAAUGGUACGCUCAGCAGAGCUCAAACUGGAAGAUGGUCAUCCUCCAGCUCAACCCCGAGCUCGAUAAUAUUGAGGGUUUGAUCCCUGCCGCCAACCUCACUCCUAGCCCUCGUCCCGGGGCUCGUCACCGCAGCAUGCUGGCAGCUACCCAGGACUCGCUGGCCAUGAGUGGCACUUGCGGCUUGGGAUUUGAUUCGGCGGAGCUCACUCCGACCCCGCGAUCUUUCCACACCCCCACCAUCAUGGAGCCCACUCCGGCCGCUGUAUAUACUCCUGGUCGCCUGGCUCCUGCUCUCGGUCUCCUUCCCACCCCUCGCCUCACUCCCCAGUCGAGCGGAUACAGUACUCCUGCUGUGAGUGCCUCCAACCUCGGCAAGGGUGCUAUGGGUCUCGCCAUGGCUCAAGCCUCGUGUGUCACUGCUGCUCAGUGUCUGGAUCGCUGGCCUAUCGCCAACACAUCGUCGCCCCAGGGUUACUGCCCCGUCCGUCGCUCAUCUCUCGCCAACUCAAUCUCGACUGCCUCCUCACCCGAAUCGAUGGUUUCUGAUUCGUCACGCACCUCCCGCUCCUCCUCUAUCUCGUCUGCUUCAUCACUGGUUAGCGCGCCGGCUCCCAACUUGGGUGUUCAGGCGCGGUUCCGGUCUGCGAAGCUGUGCAGUGAGAGGGUUAGCUUGAGGCCGACAAUCACAUCGGUUCCUGAGGACUACGAAGAGCAUUGCAUCACCUCGUCUCCUGAGUCUUACACCGGCCCGGUGGGUAGACUUGGAGAGAUGUCUUUGGAAGAGAUGGCUCACGACCCUGCUAACGAUGCUGCGCGCGCGCUUCAAGAGCUGCAGAACUACCGCACCGAUGGAGCCACCCCAACUGCCUCGGCCUCGCGCAAGCGUGCCCGUGGCGUCUCCAUCAUUGACAGUUCGCUCCAGGAGAACGUCAGGGACAUGCUCUCUGGCAACUUUUCUGGCAAGCAAUGGUCGCAAUCGCUGGUUCGCCCCCGCGCUGGCCAGAUGACCCUGCCUGACCGGAGCUCAAAGCGCGUUUGCUGUGCGACCGAGGCUACCCCAGCCUACGAGGCUUCAUCACUUCACUCGAUCGGCGGAUACCGCGGACCGGGCAUGUGGGAGGGAAUUCUUAACUGA